UUUAGUCCAGUCCUUUAUUUUUAAAGCUCAGACCUCCUCUCUCAGUCUCUCUGCGAUAGUUACAUCACACCCAAACAUUCCUGAUUACUUUCUCUGCGAUACCUGAACAAUCGGUUUUCCUCGUCUUACUCCUGGAUCAGCAUUGGAUAAUCAUAGAAAGAUGCCUUCACAAAAGAUUGAAACUGGUCAUCAAGAUGUGGUGCACGAUUUGGCUAUGGACUACUAUGGAAAGCGUGUUGCCACUGCCUCGUCAGACCUUUCAAUUAAGAUCACUGGGGUGAGCAAUUCAGCCUCUCAACAUCUUGCAACCUUAACUGGCCACCAAGGACCUGUUUGGCAGGUGGCCUGGGCUCACCCAAAAUUUGGGUCCUUACUCGCUUCAUGUUCUUAUGAUGGGCGUGUAAUUAUAUGGAAGGAGGGUAAUCAGAAUGAGUGGAUUCAAGCUCAUGUCUUUAGUGACCACAAGUCAUCUGUCAAUUCUAUUGCUUGGGCUCCUCAUGAACUGGGUCUUUGCCUAGCAUGUGGCUCCUCUGAUGGAAAUAUCUCGGUUUUCACUGCAAAACCAAAUGGUGGUUGGGACACAUCAAGAAUCGACCAAGCUCACCCACUUGGCGUAACUUCUGUCUCAUGGGCUCCCUCAACUGCGCCCGGUGCUCUUGUUGGUUCCGGCCUGCUUGAUCCUGUUCAGAAGCUCUGUUCUGGUGGUUGUGAUAAUACUGUGAAGGUGUGGAAGCUCUAUGAUGGGAAUUGGAAGAUGGAUUGCUUUCCAGCUCUUCAGAUGCACACAGAUUGGGUCCGUGAUGUUGCAUGGGCACCCAACUUAGGGCUUCCAAAAUCUACAAUUGCUAGUGCCUCGGAAGAUGGCAGAGUCAUUAUAUGGACUGUGGCCAAGGAGGGGGAUCAGUGGGAAGGCAAGGUUUUGAAUGAUUUUAAGACUCCAGUCUGGAGGGUCUCCUGGUCGCUGACAGGAAACUUAUUGGCUGUGGCUGAUGGAAACAACAACGUGACACUGUGGAGGGAAGCGGUGGAUGGGGAGUGGCAACAAGUGACGACAGUUGAGCCAUGAAAUCCAUCUUUUGAAACUUUUGCACUUAGGUUCCCGUUCUGAAUGUUUUUUAUUCACAUGUAUAGGUCUCAUUGUUUCUUUACAUUUGUUGAAACUUCCAAACUGGAAGAUUUUAUCAAAAGACUGGACUAACAAGACCAAAUGUGGCUUGUAGUUUUGUUGGAACUCUCUUGAAAUUUGUUGAUGUCUGGAAAUGGACAAAUGGUGGAUUUCUCUCUC